AUGUCUGCUGGUGCGGAUAGAAAGGCGGAAAUAGAGCUCAAAAAAGCCAAACUUCGAGCUCUUAGGGAAGAUAAGUUACGCAGAGAAGAGAACCGCAGACAAGCCCUUAGUGGACAUAAUAGCGGAGCCAGCUCAACAGCCGAUUUGCGCGGUGAAGCGGACGCCAUCCUUAAAAAUUUGGGCAUAGAACCCUUGCAGGAACCUGCUGUCCCUCUGUCAAGCGCACAAACCGUCGAUGGACACAUCUCGCCCAACCGUCUCGGGUAUUUCGGGUUUCCUGCUUUUAUUUUUUAUAAGAGUCAGAAUUGGCUCUGGGCGGCGAAGGAAACUCCAAGUUUGUCAGGUCUCAGAAUUCGAUAUUAAGCCACAUGCCUCCGAGACUUAUGACAAGGAGAUUCAGACGGCAGAGGCUGAACCGGACGAAAGUGGUGGGUUCCAUACACUUAUUUUGGCUGAUUUCGUUCCUUGUAUCAUGAUCGCAAGAAUUCUCGUUGUUUGUGUGAAAGUCAUUGUUUGAAAACGGCAGUUCACAACUAAUUUAACUGCCGUGGUUAGCAUUAUUUUUUAGCUGGGGUGAGACCUACGUCUCCCGCUCUGCCGGUGACUUUCUAUCGCAUUUGAUCAUGCAAACCUCAUCAAGCCGUUUACAUUUUGCCUGUUGCUUUCAGCCGCUGGGAUGGAUUACUAUGGUAAGACAAUUCGCAUUACCCUGCAGUGUACUUAACGCCAUCCUAAUCAGGCCUCGCUUUGUGCAAAGCAAUUGUGAGCAUGUCAAGCACGUUUUAAUCCGUUGUUUAUGGGUAGCAAGCUAACAUAUUGCUGCAGACACUUUUUGCAUUCAUCACUGCACCGGUUAUUGCGGCAUUGUGUCGUGCUCAGCACACUUGAAUUCGUUGUUUAAGAUAAAUGGCAUUACAGUUCAGUUGAAGUUUCUUUAUAACCAUUGUAUGCCUGUUUCUGCGUCCAGCGCUAACUGCAUCAACGCUUGGAAAUUGCAUUUUGCUUGCCUGAAUAGAAUACGUAGUAAGCUACUGUCCGAUGUCAGCGGCUGAACCGCAUCGUAAACUCCAAGAAUAUUGAAGUAGCUCCUGAUGUUUAUGCAAUUCGGCCCCUGCCAGUUUGCAACGACGGCAGCAGGUUUGUGUUACGGCCGUCUUCCUUAUAGGGUCACCCUGACUACCUGAUUGCGGUUUUGUUUGCGCUCUGAUUAGGAAAUUCAAGAUUUUGACACCCUACACAGCAGAUCAGGUUCUAUUAUUUUGUGCAGCUUCCAUAAUCCGCUUACCAAACCAAUGUUAUGCCGACCGGUGCAAAAUUUUCUUUUUUAUAAGUUUUUCAUAUGCAUGCUUGCAUUUGAUCCUUCCCAGUUUCGACCGUACUUGUUUCUGAAAUUUAGCAGUAGGCCUCCUCCACGUGAUGGCUAUUCGUUAAUCUGAGUGUGUUUAACACUAGUGCUUACCUACGAUGACACACCAACGGAGAAUGAUCGUAUACAAAUCGGUUCGUAUGACGAACCGGUGGAGCGAAUGGACACGAAAAUGUUAAAAAGCGUUCAUGGAGAGGUGCCAAGGCAGACUACCGUUUCAACCAAGGCCGAACUUGAAGAGCCAGCACGUGAGUAUCUUGUUCUAUGCUCAGUUGAUACCGAGGGUAGGAAAUUUAUUCUAGCGCGCGGACCAUAGUCAUCCGGUCGUCCGAGAGACCCAGUUAGUCCUUGCUCCAAAACGCCUUGUCGUAACCACGGAAUUUAUAAAUGUGCAUCCUUACUCCUCCGGCGUACUAGUUUGUGGUCAGAGGAUUGUGUCGGACGUCGACCCGCGAAGUCUUUUUUAACUGCGCACAUUCGCCAUGUCGUAACACCGCUAUGCCUUGCGACCAUUCUCCAGAUAAUUCAUUUAUCUGAUCCGCGCUAGCCAGGCCUAGAGGUAGUGCCACAGUAUGAUCCGCGACCGUUUCAUCGUUAGAGUCGAUAACAUGUCUGUUUCAAUGAAGUCCUUUCCACGAUCAGCCACCCACGGACAUGCUGGAUAACUCGCAGCCAGACCAAUAGGCAGCCUUUGCAAUUUUGAUAUUCAUUUGUCGCCUUGGGUGCAAAAGCCUGUUUAGGUGACUCGCUGGUUGGAGUCAAGCUUUCAAAAAGUGGGGAUGAAACAACUGGGUAUGGAAGUUGUGGGGGAGUCAGGCCAAUUUGACGCAAGUCAGUCUGCACGACCUUGCCUCGCUUACAUCCGGCUUUUCUAAUAGGUUCUAUCAUAAGGUUUUCCAGCUGUUUUGUUCUCACGCUCUAUAUGUUUCAAGUAACAGCUGAGUUUCAUCUGAUGUCAAUGAGUGGUGUUCUCUCACUUAGUCUUUGCAGCUUGUUUCAUAAGAGCAAGUAGAAUGUAUUAUAAAGCUUUCCUGACAGUGUAAAUUGUGAUAACCUCCAUGCUUAAGCCGUUUGUAAGCAUCAAACAGGUCCAAAAGGAUGGAUUUAGACGACAUUCAAGAAAUGAUGCUUUGCAAAUUUUACUUCCCGUUUCCGCGGCUCUCCACGGCCUUGACAGUGGAGUCUCCCAGCCUUACUUCUCUAUCCACGAACCUUGAAAAGAUCAGGUUAAUUUUUAGAGGUCAGAAUCUAUGAACACUUAUGCACCAUCGUGAUAACUCUUCGAAUACUUCCCUCUGGUUUUUUUUUCUCAGCAAAAAAUCUGCGUAAAGUGGACAUUUUUGACAGUUGUGGGGUUCACCGCUUGGGACGAAAAGUUCAUGUUCGAAUUUGAAUUUCGGAUUGUCGUACAUCUUAAAAAUAUCCAAAUUAGGUCUAUUGGUAAUUUGGUUUCUUUUCAAGGAACUAUUAUCUAGGUAUUUCGGUUAGGGCUUCGUUAGACAAACCAGACCAGGAAUUUAAUGGACGGCACUAUUAUUUGACCGGUAUCCAAGCCCCUCUGGGUCAAUAAUUACUUCACACAUGUCUUGAUAGCUGUACUGGUACCGGAUCAUUAACCUCAUUCGUUCACCGUCCUCGUGGGAUUAAGACCAAGAUUACUUUCGUUUAGUUUCAUUUCCUGGUUGUAAGCCACUUUUCUUUUUUCGAUCUCAGGAGCGAAGAUAACAGAAUAUGACUCAGUACGUACAUCUACGUCGAACCUUCCUGAAGUUGUGUCAUUUUCACGGAGUGAACUGUGUGAAGACUUGCCCAUCUUGGGCUUUUCCGUCUUCGAUUAACAGGAUUUUUCUGAAAAGCCUACUUAUGUCGUCCCGCGCAACGCCAUAACCGCUUUGAGUGGCGGAUUAAAUUAAAUGAGGGUAUUCAGUGUGCCUCGACACCUUUGUCUGGAGCCAUUUUCGUUAUAUUUUGGGCUUCAUUCUAGUAUUGUAACAACGCGAUAGAGUGGCCGUAUAAGUAAUAAGAUAUUGCGAAAAUUGCUAGUCUCUUGACCGUUCCUUUUCUAAAUUACGCAUUAGUUGAGACUUGGCCGUGCAAAAAAUUACUAUGCGCACGCCUAAAAGUUAACAUGGCUACUUUGUGGACGGCCUUUUGCCAGCGAGUUAGUGAGUCUUCGCAAUGGGCAAGAAAGUACCAGGACGUUUUAUCAGAGAGAUGUCAGUAAGCGUUAUAACUGCGUUUUAGGGCGUGAAAACACAGAUUUGCAAACCUGACUUUCCGAAGUCGAUGAGAUGCCUGGUUUUCUAAAAAUAACCCGCUCUCUUACGCCUUGUUUAAUCUGAAAUACAUGGUGAAAGAAAAUCAAUUAUCAAGUACGCCAAGUUCCGUCUGGUAAGACCCUCGAGUUCAGAUUUCUCUCUUCACGCACAAGAACACGCGCGGGUGCCCAAACUUAGCCUAGGGUGGCUAUUAGCAUAGAAAACUGCCGGAAUGCAAGGCAACGUAGAUUUCCGCUCUAAGUAUUUUAACUGAUAAAAUUAUUUAUAAACAUAUUCUUUAUACAAAGGCGGUAUUUUCCGGAUAACGUUGGGCGAUUAAAAUGCGCAACAUUUUAGUUGUUUACAAUUGAUCGUCUCAACUUCCGUCAUCAGGUAUCAUGAGUUUGGUCACACACUGUAUAUCGCCCCUCAACUAAGUUCACUCAAGCAGCGGUUGCCAUUGAAGGCCUUUAUCUUAAGCCUAAGGACGAGCUUUUCUUCAAAAUUCAGACUAGGGUAAGGUGAUACCAUAUUAACAGCACAGGUACUAGCCAAAAGCCCAUACACGCGUGUUUCGCCGAUAUUCUAACGCUGCAAGGCGCAGUCGCGAGGGGUUCGGCUCGUCAGUGGGCCCUCCAGCAUUCCCCGUGUGUUUUCUGGUAGAUGCUCCAAUUUAGAAAUUUUCGCUUCUUAAUUUCCUCAGAAAUUAUCUGAGGAAAUUAACUGAUCUACCCCAACUUCGUAGAUAAUUUCUGAGAAAAUUAAAAGCGACAAUUUCUAAAUUGGAGUAUCUACCAGAAAACACAUGGAGGAUGCUGGGGGACCCACUGACGAGUCGAACCCCUUGCAGCUGUGUCAUGCAGUGGCAGGAUAUCAGCGAAACACGCGUGUAUGGGCUUUUAGCUAGUACCUGUGCUGUUAGUAUGGUAUCACCUUACCCUAGGAUAUACUACUAGCUGCCUGUCGGCAGUUAAUGAAUAUUACGCGGUUACCCGCUGUGGCUGAUGGACUUUGGCCCAAAUAUUCAUACAUCAAAUUCUCGGUCUGAGCCUAUAAACCUUGAACAAACUGAUCCACUCCAACUUCGUAGAUAAUUUCUGAGGAAAUUAAAAAGCGACAGAAUUUAGACUGCUGUUGGUCAAAGGGCCUCAUAUUUGAGGCAGAUGUGCACUCACUGCUGACUGUUUCAAUUUGCUCUUUGGAAGUUGGACGACUGUAUGAGAAAACUCAUAUGAUCUGGUGGUCGCUGGCGGCGGGGGGGGGGAUGUCAGUUUUCAACCCCCCGACCGGCUUCUUGCUCGGCAUCUUUUCACUGCAUAUUUUCCCUUCCGACUGUGGUUUUAGUGGUUGCACUGACAGAAGAACAGAAGCAGCAGAUGCUUCUCUCGGAGGGCUUCAAGUGUUUCUUCGACCGCAGCGCGCGCAUAAUUGAGCGGGCCCUGUGUGAGUCCGAGGACGUCUUUCUUGACUAUUCCGGUGAGGAGGUGAAGGCGCAAACGUGAGUCAGUCAUCUUUGCCUCCACCCUUUGUUGUGAGUAGACACUCCUCUCUCUCCUACCUCCUAGGUCUCUUACGGAUAAUACUCGAUUAAAAGAACGUGCUUUUGUCUAAACUCCCCCAUCAAGUUCUGAUUGGAUGCUUUCGCGCGCGCGCGCCCCCGCUGCUACGGAUUGGUCACCGCGUGUUGCCCGCGCAACCGAAAAGGACCGCAGGAAGCUUGUCAUGUCCUGUGCUUCUGCGUUGUUUCUGUUGAUGCAUUCGAGGGUGAAUUCGGAACAGCAGGCGCGCAAAAGUCCUAUUCGUCCACGACGGAAUCCAGUAGCUUAGCAAUGCACAGCGCUCUGCAACAAAAUUAUGCGUUAUUGCCGUUGUGAAUGAGACAGCCUAAUUAAUCGUAUGUUUUCGACUGGUAUACAGCAGGCCCUUAGCAGGACAGUGGACGCUCACCGAUCAGGUUACGGAACAUGCUCGUUCCGUUGUGCCUUGGGGCUCAUACUAGAACCCUCGCAGGCAGUCGCACAGCGACUAGUAGUAGACAUAGAUGAGAUGGAGCCGACAAAGACAAGGGAGACCGGAAUGGCCAUUUCUGGCUUAUUAGCCGUCAUCAGCCAGUCGUGCCCAACCCCAAGUGUGGAUCACUUGAGAUUCGAACCCGGGAUCUUUGGUCAUGGAGUUUGACACUACCAUUGGGCCAGGCGAAUAUCAUUAGUGGGGAAUAUCAAUUAUGACAGUGGCCGCUCACCGAUCAGGUCACGGGACGUGCUUGUCCCGUUGUGCCUUGGAGCUCAAUCUGGAACCCUCGCAGGCAGUCGCACAGCGACUAGUAGUAGUAGUAGCAGCAGCAGUAGUAGUAGUAAUAGUAGUGCUGCCGGCGCAACCGGAAAGGGCUGCAGAAAGCAGCCUAUGCAAGAACUUUAUUCGCUUGUCAUGCCCUGUGCUUGCCCGUUGUUUCUGUUGAUGCAUUCGAGGGUGAAUCCGGAACAGCAGACGCACAAAAGUCCUAUUCUUCCACGAAGCGUAUAUUUUCGGGAAUCCAGUAGCUUAGCAGUGCACAGUGUCCUGCAACAAAAUUAUGCGUUAUUGCCGCAGUGAAUAAGACAACCUAAUCAAUCGUAUUCUUUCUACUGGUAUACAGCAGGCACUUAGUAGGGCAGUCCUUUUCCCGUGGCGGAAGAGCGUUCACCGAUCGGAUCACAGGACGUGCUUGUCCUGUUGUGCCGUGGAGCUCAAUCUAGAACCCUCGCAGGCAGUUGCCUAGCGACGUAGUAGUAGUAGUAGUAGUAGUAGUAGUAGUAGUAGUAGUAGUAGUAGUAGUAGUAGUAGUAGUAGUAGUAGUGUGUAGAUAUAUAGCACUUUUCCCUUCAGUUCUACCUGAGGGACGUUGAAGGGCUAACCUUCCUGGGAGAAAGGUAGUAGUUAUUUAUCAUAGAUUGAAAGUUCCCCCACUCAGGGGAAAAUACUUACUUCAUUUCUCGUGUAGACUGAGUGUUUCAAAAGCAUCCGGCGGGGUGUGAAACAGCGACUUUCAUGACAGUGUUCUACUCAAGUAAUCGAUAACCACUCGACCAGUGCUCAGCUUUCAUGUCCCCACUCCGAAGUUGAUCUGGGUCUGCCUGAUGAUUGGAAAUAAACCCGAAACUACUCCUCCAUUUGUUUUUGGCGCCUUCAGUAGUGCUUUUCAAUCAUGGGGAGGGGGGGGGGGUGCGGACCGUGUUACUAGCCCGUUGGGGGAAGGACAAGUAGUUGAAGUGGGUGGUAGUUAGAUACGCGAAGUGUUCCUCUGUGCUCUGCCAGAAUAUGUCGAAAAAAUAUGUGGACCGUUAUCCUUCUCAUAAAAAAGAUGGGCAUAAUGUGAAUAUCCCAAGAACAGUCAGUCAAAUGGUCGUUCUUCGCACAGAGCGAUCUACUUGCGUUUGCAUUCCCCCACAUUCCCUACAACGUAGCCUUUGUAUUCCAGCAUAUCGCGAUUCGAUCCUUCGCUCCUAGCCACAUUUUCUUUCUUCGCCGAUAAAACUUGAACUGCGUAAACCUUGGUGGUCAUGUGGGAACGACGCAGCUCGCUUCAUUUCUGAGCAGCCUCCUAAGGAGCUUUUUCGCUGUGGACUAGGUGGAUUUGGAAAACUCAACUCCGUAGGUGUGUAGGUGUAGGCAGUGCCAACGCUGGCAGAAUCAAUACUCGCAGUCUUGCCGUUAGUGCGUACGCUCGUUACAGCAGGCGAUUUUGUUGACAACAUGAAUCUCUUCUUCGUCGUUAAGGCGUGGUCGGAGCGGUUUAUGCGACGCUUUUUCUGCCUCCGAUCAACACCCGAUUUGCCCGCUGCCAGGUCAGCCUUGCACACAUGACCCAACACGCGCAAACGGCAGUGUCGAGUUCACCUGGUGACGACACCAGUAGCCAUACAAUCUUCGCACAAUGCCGUCAACCCUCUGCCACUGGCCACGCGUAGGCCACACCGCAAGUUCUCUCUGGACAGGCCUUUUUGUGUCCUAACGGGCACGUCACCAUGGAUCUGGGAGCGCUAAUAGUGGGGACAAAGGCGAUUGGGACGACCACUUCUAGCCCAUUAGAGGCUGUUAGCCUGCAGAGGGAGAGAGAGAGUAGGCCUUUAUUAUGAGGCACACGACAUUUUCGGGAGCAGGGACGGUAACUAGUGCGUGAAUUAGUUCAUAGCGAUCGUAACCUUGCGCAGCAUCUACCGCACUCUCUCACCCUCCUCCACCUGGACCUGGUGUCAUGACGGUAUCGAGAAGACUGGGGGGGCAGGAGAGAACGCAGGUGACUGGCACGGUGGAGACCCGCAGGUAGGCGCACCACCACACCUCCCCUGGUUCACAACAAACAUUUGACCAACAAAAAGGGGCGGGGGGCUCGGAUCCCAAUCGGCGCGACGCGAGCCCGCAACUUGGCGUGCCGCCACACCCCGAAUGUUGGCAUUUGUUAUGAGCGCGCAUUCCCGAUUGCGCCUGCUGUUUUGAUCUAGCGCGUGAUCCGCCCUAGGGGCACUAUCAUGACUCAGCACAAUCGAAAAGUUCAGAUUUCCACGUUGUUGUUGUUGUGAACAGCUCUCGUGGCAACUUCUUCCUAAAGUACCUGGGCAGACGUGGUUAGUAGACGGAUGCCCAUGUCGCGCCCCAGAACACCGCAAGCAAAUCAUCAUCCUUUGAAUGCGAGUUCCCUCCGCUGAAGUAUUACGCAACAACCGGGGAAUACAAAAAGUACCGGCUGAGCCUGCCCAAGUCAUAAAUACUGCCGCACACAUGUGCGUGGCACAUGUUGGACGCGGGCUUCGGGCCAUGUCAGCUACUGUGCGCCUGAUCUCACUUGCACUCAGCCGAAAGGUUCAAAGAGGUCGCAGGCGCAUGGAAAAGGCAAGGUGGAAUUAGGCAGUCACUGGGAAAUCCAUCUUCACGGCACAGCAGCCUUUUUCAUCCCCACAAAAAUUCAGACGCGCCAACAACUGCCAGCGGACGAGACACUGUUGUCCUACCAAGGACUGAGAACCGGACUGCGAUGACGCUUCCAUGUGACCCUUAUUACGCUGUUGCCUACUUAAGGUCUUAGACAUUCGCCAAAUGAGGCCUGGGGAUUUUGGUGCUGGAAGUGACGCUCAAUGGAGAAAGCAUCCGGGUUUGAAUCCCAGGCCAUCCAAACUUCCAAUACGGUAUGGCUGUCGGAUGACGGCCAGUAAACCCGAGAUGACCAUCCCAGUCAAUGGCUCUUUCUGAGUCUGGCUCUUUUGGCACUCAGACAUGGGAGAUUCGAGCCGCCGUUUCAGUAGCCUAGCAUACUCACAGUUGGACCGGGUCGUGCACAGCACGCGUAGACGAAAGGUUCAACCUCGUCGGCUUCCCGUCCGCCCUCACCCCAGGUCGUCUUGACGUUGUCUUGCUAUAGCAUCAAGGUGGGUGGCAGAGGAGAGUGAGGUAGAUGCUUCGCAAGUCUGCUUUAUUGUGAAGUAGUUCACAUGCAAGCCACCGGUGCCGCGUCCACCUCGUGGGGAACACGAUGGGCGACGCUCGAACCGUCACCUGUAAAACAAGUACAGAUUUUUGGUUAGGUUCAUGUGGACCGAUUUACGUCGUUUUAUAAGCCCAAACAAUUUCGGGUGGAAUUCGACCGUCUGCUGCCAACCUUUAUCGUAGUUUCAUUUCCUCCGAAGCAGCACCAACCGUCUCCAGGCGCUUUUUCUGCCCUAAUGAAGAGUACUUCUUCUGAGACCACUAGCUGGCUUAAUUUCCUCACUAUAUCUAAUGGUCAUCGAGGUUCGUAUAGUUCAAAUACGUCCACUUCCGACAAGGCCGAUGCCGUGCAGGCUACCAGUAUACCUAAGUUUAGUGUUCCUUACCGGAAAGAAUAAGACAAAUUGCAGCGUUUUUUAUCGAGUCGAUCGAUUGGUGACUUUCUGCCUCCCCGCCAUCCUGGAGAGAAUUUUAUUUUCGCCUCCUCCCCUCCUUCCGCCUACAGGAGCGACGAUCUGCUGCCAUUUUGCCUACACUUCUUCGAUGAUCAUUGGUCACGCAACCGCAUAGUCGUCGGUCUGGACUGGUCUACCACCUACCCGGAGCUUGUGCUGGCCGCUUACAGUCCCAAUGAGGAGGUAGUGCAUGAACCCGCUGGCUGUUGCAUGAUCUGGAACCUCAAAUUUCCCCGCAAAACCAGCCCAGAGUACAUCUUCACCUGCUCUGAGCCAAUCACAGCCGCGACGAUGGCCAGGUUUCAUCCAAAUCUCGUCAUCGGAGGCACCUACUCCGGCCAAAUUGUGCUCUGGGACACUCGGUAAGUUUGUGUUUAUUCGUCUGGUCUAGUCAGGCCCGAUCAGAACCUCUAAGACGCAUCAGCAGUGUCAGUAUUUUUGAAAAAAAAUUGCUGAUGACAUUACCGACAAGGACCCGGGGGAGACUGGUACUGGAAUGACCAUUUCUGGCUUAUUAGCCGUCAUCAAACCAACCACAAGUGUGGAUGAGAAGAAAAGGCGAUCUCUGGAACCAUAGUUUUACUGUCCUGACGUUUCAAAAGCGAACAAGCUUCCAUCGUCGGAGGUAAGUGUGGAGUACAUUCGACCGCCAACUGUUGGAUCUAGCUGCUUUAUAGCCUGUCUAGGUUCAGUCUCUUGAGUCGGCCUAAUUCGUGCCACCCCUACGUGGAAACGGUGUAAAUAAGGGCAGACUUGUACGGAAACACGGUCCUAUAAUUGGCAUGAUUAGGAAAAUCUAAAUGCUACACUUACAACCAAAUGUCCCCAGGUGUACAGUCAGAAGGUUAAUGUACAGUCAGAAAGAUGUGGCGUAUAGUCAGAAGGGUAGUGUCAAGUUACGCGGGAAGGAGACGGGAGAUUCAAACAAAUAGUACGAGUACAGUGAGUGUGGUAUCGUGCCUCACAGUAUGUAUAGGUGGCUGACAGUCAUGUUCAGACGGGUUUUACGUCAGCGAGGAAGGAGCGGGAAGGGAUUCCUCGAGCGUCUUGUCGCCGGAUGAGGGAGUGGUGUAUCAGCUUUUAGUGGUCACCAACCGCAUGCACACAGGGACUGUGGCGGACGGAGGAGGCUGACGGAAUGUACUCAAUUUACAUCGGGGGCCGGCGUUGAGACAUUGGGUGGCCGUCGUUCGUACCUCCAUCGACUUUACCUGUCGUCCAAUGCCGCUAAUCUUUUUUACGCUGCCACGACUGUCUUUUUUAAUCGUCUGCCGGAAUAGUGGGUGGUACGGCUCUAGUGGCGACUGCGCGUUCGUCGGACCCGGGUUGAGGGGCGACUGAGUGUGUAUUCGCCAUGGACUCACGCAUGUUUGGAUCCAUUUUUGGUCUGGAUUUGCGUUUGCACAUUCGUUCACUGAGCUGCGCCCGGGGGGCUUGGUAGGCCGCAGGAAGAGCCACACAACGGUUGAUGGAGGUUGUCUCCGUGUUCCAGGCCUCGAUUGUUUCCCUGGCUAUGCGGUCGUAUCCGCGGUCCAGAAUUUUGGCAUUCUGGAAGGCGAACGUGUGUCCGGAAUCGGCCCAUUGUUCUGCCAUCAGAGACUUCUUACUGCCCUCAUGUGUUCUCCAACACGGGUCUGGGCAAUAAUCGGGAGGGGGUCCCCAAAAAAAUACUACCAGCCAAAGCAGCCUGUCUUACGGGAAAGGUGGUAAUAGGGGUUUAGUGGGCGGGGCCCAUGGAUGCGUAAAUAGAUGUUGUCUGUAGUUUGUAGUCAUUUGCCGGUCUCCCCAAUGUAGUUACCUUCGCAGGAGUUAUACAGAAUCCGGUAGAUGAUGUUCGUGGUUUCACCUCGUGGCAAAGGGGCCUUAGGCCUCAUGACCAGACGUCGAAUUGUUGACUGCGGUCGGUGGGUUAUGCCGACCCCCGGCGGUCUGAAGAGACGGGAGAACGCCUCAGAAACACCGUCGAUGUAUGGAAGCGCACGCAAUAUUUUUGGUCGUUCUGUUACCAAACUUCGGCUUGGUCCGGCCUGCCUGCCGCGUUCGAUGAAGUUUCGAGGAUACCCGUUGGCCGUGAAGAGGCGCUGGAGGCCUGUGUAGUUCAGACCUUCUGUCGUCCGGCUCGCUGCAGUGUGUUUCUGCUCUUCUGUAGAGUAUUCGCACACAACUGCGUUUGUUGCCUAACGGGUGCUUACUGUGGUAGCUCACGAUUUGGCGUGUAUUAGUGGCUUUCCUAUAUACCGUCGUUUUAAGGUGCCCAUUGGGUUUUCGAUGGACGAGAACGUCCAGGAACGGCAGCUAGUUGUUGUUUUUCGCCUCCAUUGUGAACUGGAUGUUAGGGAAAACAGAGUUCAGGACAUCAUGGAAUUCUUGGAUCAUUUCCCGCUUAAUGACAACGAAGGUAUCAUCGACAUAUCGAGUCCGAAAUUUCGGUGUACGGGUUACGAAAACUAGGAUCUCUACUUUUUAGAGAACUGCUUAUGCGAUGAAGCCCGAAAGCGGCGAUCCCAUUGGCGCCCCCUUGACCUGCACGUAAGUUGUACCUCCGGAAGCGAAGUACGUCUUCAGGUAGAAUUUCAGCAGCAAAAUCAUGCGUGUGAAGGACCGAUUAGACGUAGGAGAGCAAUCGGGUGUCGUUUAUCAGAUCCCACGUCGAGACUGCCCUCACCAUUACACAGGACAGACCGGACGACAACUUAACUCGCGAAAACGGAGCAUAGACGGGCAGUCCGGAGAGGUGACCCGUUGUCUCAGGUCGCCAUUCACACCCUGGAGGAAAGCCACGAAUUCAAUUUCACAAACACGCGGAUAGUGGCGCAGGCCAGCAAAAAUACAGGUCGAGAACUUCUGGAGGCCUGGGUGUCUGACACCGACUCUAUCAACAGACACGUUGACAUACCCCCCUGCUAUCACGCGCUCCGUUCCCGUGGCCAAGAGACGAGACCCAAUUCCCAGCCAAGGUUGCACGCAGUCACGCCGCCGUGAGAUGGCGUGGAUUCAACAUUCUCGCGAACACUACCCCCUGCACUCCUAGCCCCCCUUCAUGGCUUAACUACAAAGCUGCACAUUUGAUGCCACAGUCUAUGACGGUGGCCUCUUGUAGGAGACCGAAAGAUCAGACUAAUACAUGUACCGUCUCAGUGAUCGCGCGUACAUCUUCUUUGCAAAUGUUCGCUUUCCGGGCGGAUGUAUGAGUAAAGAAUAAUGAGACUGUUCGAGUGUCGGAACUGUUUGUUUGUUCUGGGCCUCCAUUGUCAGAGGUGACAGCAGCGACAUAGCUUAUUAACCACCAGUGCUGAAGGCUUGCGGGUGAAUGCGCAGAACUACGUAAGUCGGCGGUAGUUCGAUACGUGGAUUGACCGUGUCCUUAUCCGGGACCCACGACUCAAUCAGUCCUCUACUUGUCAUGUUUCUGUCGUGAACGACUAUCUUUGCGGCAGCGAAGUUGUACUUGUAACCCAUUUUGGAGGUGUGGGCAACCGUUUGUGAUAAUGCAUCAUCCAAAGGUAGCGCGUAGUUAUACAGCGAGACUACUCCGCGAAGUUUGAUUCUUCUUAACGUCUACUAACCCCGCUGCGCAUGGCAGCUUUGGACCGGUACAUACUUUGAACACCUAGUCCUGCAUCAAUGCGCUCGGUCGCGACUGAGACGUUUUUAAUGUGUAGCAGACCCAAUUCCCAGCCAAGGGUGUACGCAGUCACGCCGCCGUGAGACGACGUGGGACUCAGCCUUAUCGCGAAUACCACCCUCUGCACUCAUAUCUCCCCCCCCCCUUCAUGGCUUGAUUACAAAAACUGCUCAUUUGACGCUGCAUUCUCACAGUCUCUGACGAUGGCCUCCUGUAGGAGACCGAAAGCGCAUACUAAUACACGUGCUAUCCCAGAGAUUGUGUGUUCAUCUUCUUUACAACAACAACCUACGAUCCGCAUAUUCGCUUCCAUCCGUGAAAGUAUCUUUUGGUAGGGGGUGCUCACUGACCGUUCUUGCGGAACUCACUCGUUCCGUUGUGCCUUACGGGCUCUCUCUCGAGCCCAACCAGCAGCCGCACAGCGGCGCAUGAUAUAUGCAGUAUGUUGUUACCGAUCCUUGUCUUUGCCGGUAAUAACAAAGUAUCUUUUGUUGUCAAUUAUAGGUCACCGAAGCGGACACCCGUGCAACGCAGCACUCUGACCUCAUGGGCACACACCCAACCACUGAACACAGUUCAGGUUAUUGGCUCCAAGAAUGCCCACAACAUCAUCACGUUGAGCUCAGAUGGCUCUAUGUGCGCCUGGAGUGUGGAGAUGCUUGGUGAACCGAGGGAAAAGUUGAAGGUCGGCGAUGCGCCCUCAGGCGGCCUGUUCGAUGUCUUCCCCACCUGCAUGGCCUUCUUCGCGAACGACCAGAACAACUACGUGGUGGGCUCCGAGAGCGGCAUCAUCUACACCGACCAACGACAUUCCAGGUAUUGUCAGUUUUUUCCAGCAUUCUAAUUUUACAUCCUCUUUCUAUUUGACAAUCGAUUCGCCAGGUCGAUCACCCGCUAAGCUAACCGUGACCAAUCUGAUAUAAGCGAACAGGCCAGUUACAGGAAGUAGUUCAGAAGACGAAGAUGCGAUCACUGGCCGUCACCAGCCAAUCAUGUCAAACCCUGAGGCUCGAUCCCGUCACCUUUUGACUAGGUAUCCAACGUUCUAACCAGUGGUGCGCGGGCUCGUUAUUCUCUCGGUUGCGAUCGGGCAUGUAGAAUGGUGGAGGGGCGCUCACCGAUCGCGUUACGAGAUACACUCGUCCCGUUCUGAGCUUAUGUGCUCAAUCUCGAGCUCCGCCGGCCCCGUCGACGCUAGAGCUGUAGGUUUCUAGAACCCCAUCGGAGAGGCUACACAACAAAAAUGCAGAGGUUAUUGGUUGCCCUAGUAAUCGUUCCAUUUGCUUCAAGCCACCCCAUAUAUCGAUCUCGUCGAAUUAAUGCUAAGAGACAUGGCCGAGGUUGCGAAGCUAUACUACUGACUCUCUAGGACUGCCAUUUUGGAGGCCUUGGAGCUAACUCUUGUUUACAUGUUACACGUCCCUGUCGCUCUGACUGCCCAUAUUCUUCUGCUUCCGUUUUGUUGGUGACUUGUUUUUUUUGGUUUCUCAGCCUGUAUGCAUGCCUCUGCUCAGCAAAAGUCGAUCGGUCAGGCGAUUUUGCUUACCCCAGUCAGCCUCAUAAUAGAAGUACGGUAAUGGGAGAUAGAGCAGCAGCGAGGGUGAUGGCUGAGAAGACGAAGAUGCGAUCACUGGAACAAAAAACUUAUUGGCCUGACGUUUCGGAUUCUCACUUGGACCCAUCUUCGCAGAUGUAAUGGGGGCACAAGGAGUGCAGUAUCUAUAGCACGCGGCUGCCGUGGGACCAUAUGCGCACUGUGAUUAGGAGCUCUCUCAAUCACCGCUUGGGUCGUAAUUGAUGCCAUAAUGGCUUGUCAUUGCGUAAUGACCUCUCGUUACCGUAUUCUAUGCUCAGAUUUCCCCCUGGGCAGGGGAAUCAGUCACAUGUCGCAAUCACCGCUGGGUUGCCACCAUUACCCGUAUCUGCGACUGUCUCUGAUGAUGGGUUCGAGUGAGAAUCCGAGACGUCUGGCCAAUAAAUUUCUUGUUCCAGUGAUCGCAUCUGCGUCUUCCGUGACCACUCUCUCGGCGGACUGAUAGCCUCAUUAUUUCGAAGCUGGAAGAAGGGUCUGUGAUACCUCCUGAUCAAGACAACCUUUACGAAAGCUCUCAUAUACAGUAGAUGUGCUAACUCAUGAAAUGUCAACCAAAAUUUCGAAAUGCGUUCUCGUCUCGUAAAGAUUAAUUAAGUAGUGUUGUAAAACUAAUCAUGAUGCAGCAUAAAUCUAUAAUGAUCCAGUUUCCUCAGGGUGUCGGCUUUCGAAAGAACUUAUUUUCGGCUGCAUGCAAGAUCUAUACUCUGAAAAGAAUGACUACUUAAGUAGCAUGCAAUUUUCUCAUUGAUUUUCGAUGCCCGUGAAAAUUCAAUUAUAUUUCGUGGAAAACAUGCAUAAGAACAUUCCUUCUUUUACUUAGCCGGUAGAAAAUCACGUCUUCUUCCAAUUUCAUACUCAAAAGAAGAUUAUAAUUCGGUUUUAAAAACGUUUCUAAUUGUGUGAUUUUUUAAUACCGUUAAAUGGCCGUACAUGAAACGCCAUGUAUCUGCAUUUACGAAUGUGGCUUGUAAAGUUAACAAUACUGCUCAAAUCGACUGCUUAAUUUUAUGAACCUCAUAUGAUCUCCUCUUAACACCGUAGAGAAAUGCAUGGUUUUCCGUACAUGGAAAAUAUACAGCUUGUAGUUUUGAAACUCUGAAUGCAAGUGUAACAGCAGGUCGGGUUCAAAAUUAUUCGGGAAUUAGAAAAGUUUUUUAAAACCGAAUUAUACUCUUCUUUUGAGUAUGAAAUUGGAGGAAGACUUGAUUUUCUACCGAAUAAGUAAAAGAUUGAAUAUUUUUAUGCAUGUUUUCCAUGAAAUAUAAUUGAAUUUUCAAGGGCAUCGAAAAUCAAUGAGAAAAUUGCAUGCUACAUAAGUAGUCAUUUUUUACAGAGUAUAGAUCUUGCAUGCAGCCGAAAAUAAGUUCUUUCGAAAGCCGACACCCUGAGGUAACUGCAUCAUGAUUAGUUUUACAACACUACUUAAUUAAUCUUUUCGAAACGAGAACGCAUUUCGAAAUUUUGGUUGACAUUUCAUGAGUUAGCACGUCUACUGUAUGUGAGAUUUGAGACCCUCCGCCCUCCCGAAUGAAGCCUGGCAUGCAUGCAGUUGCGGCCUAGAUUUUGAGCGGAAUGUGCAGACGGGCUGUUUAGCCUUGUCAGCUACUGCGCCCACGCUCACCUCGGUCGUCCUGAAUCUGCACUGCUAUAAAAACAUGGUCGGUGUGGGAAGGGGCGGUGAGGUAGAUGCAUAGCAAGUCAAAUGCACCACAAACAAACGAACUCGCAACUCACCGCUGAAGGUUCCACCUCGUGGGACACUGUUGCUGGCGAUGAUCAAACUUCCGUGAUCGACCUAAUCCAGACGCGCGUCAAUACCACACGGAUCAGCCCCCCGUGUCUCCCAGACUUCCUGUCCUGAUCGAUUUGAGCAGUUUUUCCGGUGGUGUAGGGGGGGCGCUCACCGAUUGCGAUACGGGAUACACUCGCCCCGGUCUCAAGCCCCGCGGCCUCACAGCGGCUAGCAGUACAUUUAGGCAGAAUAGCAUUGCCGACAAAGACGAGGGAGACUGGAAUGGCCAUUUCUGGCUUAUCGGCCGUCGUCAGCCAGUCAUACCCAACCCCGAAGUGUGGCACACCCGAGGCUCGAACCUGCGAUCUGCUAGUUAGAAGUCCGCGCCUCUAACCAGAGAGAGAGAGAGAGUCCGUAAUGCAUAUUUAUAUGCUAUGCCCGUAUAAAUGUAAAUAUGCUUUGUAGAAUUUAUUACCGACAAAGGCAAAGGAGAUUGAAGUGGUCAUUUCUGGCUUGUUAGCUGUCGCCAGCCAGUCAUACCCAACCCCGAAGUGUGGAACACCUGGGGCUCGAUCCCGCGACCUGUUAGUUAGAAGUCCAACGCUCCUAACCACUGAGCCACGGGCUCGUUGUCCUGUCGGUUGCGUUCUGGUACAUACAGUAGAUGUGCUAACUCAUGAAAUGUCAACCAAAAUUUCGAAAUGUGUUCUCGUUUCGAAAAGAUAAAUUAAGUAGUGUUGUUAAACUAAUCAUGACGCAGCAUAAAUCUAUAAUGAUCCAGUUACCUCAGGGUGUCGGCUUUCGGAAGAACUUAUUUUCGGCUGCAUGCGAGAUCUAUACUCUGCAAAAAAUGAUUACUUAAGUAGCAUGCAAUUUUCUCAUUGAUUUUCGAUGCAGUCAAAAGUUCAAUUAUAUUUCAUGGAAGACAUGCAUAAAAAUAUACAUUCUGUUACUUAUUCGGUAGAAAAUCACGUCUUCUUCCAAUUUCACACUCAAAAGAAGAGUAUAAUUCGGUUUUAAAAAACUUUUCUAAUUCCCGAAUAAUUUUGAACACGACCUGCUGUUACACUUGCAUUCAGGGUUUCAAAACUACAAGCUGUAUAUUUUCCGUGUACGGAAAAUCAUGCAUUUCUCUACGGUGUUAAGAGGAGACCAUAUAAGGUUCAUAAAACUAAGCAGUGGAUUUGAGCAAUAUUGUUAACUUUACAAGCCACAUUCGUAAAUGCAGAUACAUGACGUUUCAUGAACGGCCAUUUAACGGUACUAAAAAAUCUCACAAUUAGAAACUUUUUUAAAACCGAAUUAUACUAUUCUUUUGAGUAUGAAUUUGAAAGAAGACGUGAUUUUCUACCGGUUAAGUAAAAGAAGGAAUGUUCUUAUGCAUGUUUCCCACGAAAUAUAAUUGAAUUUUCAAGGGCAUCGAAAAUCAAUGACAAAAUUGCAUGCUACUUAAGUAGUCAUUUUUUGCAGAGUAUAGAUCUUGCAUGCAGCGGAAAAUAAGUUCUUCCGAAAGCCGAAACCCUGAGGUAACUGUAUCAUUACAGGUUUAUGCUGCAUCAUGAUUAGUUUUACAACACUACUUAAUUAAUCUUUACGAGACGAGAACGCAUUUCGAAAUUUUGGUUGACAUUUCAUGAGUUAGCACAUCUACUGUACAUACAAUGGUAGGGUGGCGCUCACCGACAGCGCUACGGAACUCACUCGUCCGGUUUUGCUUUCCGGGCUCUCUCGUGCCCUGCCAACUGCGGUACAGCGGCGCAUAGUAUAGCAGAGUAACAUUACUGGCAAAGACAAGGGAGACUGGAGUGACCAUACUCAAUCCCCGAGGCUCGGUUCCGCGACUUGUUGGUUAGAAAGCCAACACUCUGAUCACUGGGCCAGGGUUUCGUUGUCCUGUCGAUGUCAAUCGGGUGAAUGCAGUGGUAGAUGGGCGUUGGCUCGCCUCGUUUACUUUGUAGGAGUCGUUUUCGCUAUCCGAGGCUCACUCAUCACACGCAAAGUCCUCUCUUUUGCAUAUAUUACUGGCCGCUAAGCGACAUGAGUGCUGAAAGGAUCUGAAAAAGCAACUUUCGCGUCACCUGUGUACAUUUUCCCACUGGCGCCCUGCCAACCUGCUCCCCUCCCACCAGCCAACUUGAAAUCUACCAAUCAAAUGACCUGAGGCUCCACCCAUUCCUCCCCCCCACAUCCCUUGCUGGGGGGAGGGGGUGGAGCAGGUUGGCGGGGAGUAUUGUAGCCGAUAUGUGGCCUGGACGGCUUGGGAUAGGCAUGCAUACGACGGUGCAAAGGAGAAAUUUGGAGGUCUUCGACGUGCCCUCGAUCGGCCACUUUCGCGGCUUCUUCAUUUGCAUGUCGCCCUUCUCAAAAACCGAAACAACUAUAGGUGACCAAGUUAGACUGUCGGCUUUUUCAAAAGCUAUAAGCCUCUCCACCCUCCGUCUCUUUUUCCGCCGCCAGGUAGUCCACAGACCCUGAUUCCUUUUUUUUCCAGUGUGACUCGCCAACGGCUCUCCGCUAGCAUUCGUUGAACGGAGACGAAAGCAACCAAGCAAGCGGACUGAAUGGCAUAGUCAACCAAAAUCGUGACACAGCAUUCCGUACAUGAAAGGGGUCUCCGAAGCCGUGGCUAGUUCCAUCGUGCCGCCCGGAAUAGGUGUUGCCCACAGGUCCGACUCAACAAUCCGCCGGCAAGUGAUGAGGCCAAAAGACCCGAUCCCUAAGCGGGAGAUGUCGGCUGUUGUCUACCGACUUCAAUGCAGCUGCGGGAAAUGCAACUACGUUGGGGAAACCGGCCGACGGCUGCAAACGCGAAUGCAUGUGCGAAGGUUGGGCCAACAGUCGGAGGUAGCAACCCAUGCUACGCAAAUGGGACCCAUCGUCAACUUUGAGGCCGUUGAGACUGGGGGCCAGAGCGAUGAUCAUACAACAAGGCAGAUGCAAGAAGCCUGGAUGUCUACCGACUACUCUGUCCACCGCCACAUCAAGUCGCCUCCACCCUAUCUGACUUUACGAACUUUCUUAACGGGGGGCAGUCACGACGCGGGACAAUCGGGGCCGUCAACUCUCUCCAUGGUCGACGAGGCUGGAGGCUAUUCAGGUCACGGUCGGAUGCAGCCAGACAGGCGGCAUUGGCGGGUCACGCGUCAAACAAAGUUCGUCAUAUACAGCGAGUGACCGAUCGCAUGAAAUGUUUGCUGAAAUUCUGAAAUGCGUUUUUGAUUAGGAAGGAUUACUUUGGCGCAGUUGUAAUGUUUAUUACCUUGCGGCAUAAUCUAAUAACAUUGCGGACUCGGCAGGAUGUCAGCUUUUGAAUACACUGCUUUUCAAUCUCCUUUAGAAACCAUACUAGGUAAAAAAUGACUACCUUAGUAACAUGCAUUUUCCCAUUGAUUUUCGAUGGUCUUGCAAAUUCAAAUGUAUCUCAUUGAAACCAUAAACAAGAAUAUGCUUUCUUUCAAUCAACUAACAGAGAAUCACGUCUUCUUUAUAUUUCAUACUCAAGGAAGGAGUAUAACUAGGUUUUAAAAAGUUUUUUCAUUGCCGAAUAAUGUGGAACCUGAUCCUUCGUUGCAUUAGCGCUUGGUGAUUUCAAUCCACAAGGUGCAUGCGUUCCGCGCAAAGAAAAUCACAUAUCUUUCUAUGCCAUUAAAAAGAUAUCAUACAGAGUACAUACAAUUUUGCAAUGGAUCCGGACUUUGUUGUACAUUUCAUGAGGAGCUGUGGUAAACGGCCAGGUACGAUGCUAUAUGAAUAGACAUUACGCGGUCUUAAAAAAUCUCGUGAUCAGAAACGUUUUGAACAUCUAAUUAUACUGCUUCCUUGAGUAUGAAAUAUAAAGAAGACGUGAUUCUCUGUUAGUUGAUUGAAAGAAAGCAUAUUCUUGUUUAUGGUUUCAAUGAGAUACAUUUGAAUUUGCAAGACCAUCGAAAAUCAAUGAGAAAAUGCAUGUUACUAAGGUAGUCAUUUUUUACCGAGUACGGUUUCUAAAGGAGAUUGAAAAGCAGUGUAUUCAAAAGCUGACAUCCUGCCGAGUCCGCAUUGUUAUUAGAUUGUGCCGCAAGGUAAUAAAUAUUGCAACUGCGCCAAAGUAAUCCUUCCUAAUCGAAAACGCGUUUCAGAAUUUCAGCAAACAUUUCAUGCGAUCGGUCACUCACUGUAAGGAGGGCUGUGCGGACGACUUCUCAGUUUUUGAAAAUGGGUAAACGAAGCAACUACUCGGAACGUCAGGCCUUUAAUAAACCCCGCCUGGUGAACGCCUCCUUUCCCCUUUGAUAUGCCACCUGAGAAUCGCAUUUUGAGACUUCACUGUUUUAUAUCAGUGCUGGUGGUUGCCCCCCUCACUCCAGGCAUCAUUCCUUGUCACCGCCCUGUUUCUCAGACUUCAGCCCUCGGCUGUUUAUGCAGUUUUGCCUGGUCUAGGUUUGUCGUGCCCCCGAGCUCAGUGACCGUGUGCGCCUAUUGCACCACCAGUGUUGUUGUUUUGCUUGUCAUUUGCGCGUAGGAAGGGCGCGUCUUCUGUAAUUCCAGGCAGCCCGCUUUCUUGGCUCGAAAGGUCGUUAGGUGCCCUUCCUUCUCCUGGUUGAUACUUGUUCCUUUUAUGACUUCACUGUGUCUGAUCCGUUAAUAAAGCUAUCGGUCAUGGAAACCGCGCUCGGACCACUAUUUUUCCCGAUUCGAGUUGGAUUGCAGUCGUAAUGACUGUGACAAUGCUUUCUUUUCUUUCACUCUCCGUUUAAAAGCGGACUCCAUUCUCGUACCGACUUAAUUGACCGCCUUCUGACUUACCCAUCUGUUGCUUGUUUUACCUAAAGCCGUUCGGGCACUGGAGAUGGUAAUUCGCGCAGUCAAUCCUACAAAGGUCACUCAACCUUCGUGACCAGCGUUUGCACCCAUCCGAGUCCUGGACCGGUGAGCUACUCCAAUCUCUUCCUCUCCUCCUCUUUGGACUGGACGGUCAGGCUGUGGUCCGUUCGCGAGCAGACACCGCUGAACGUCUUCGACGACUACUCAGAGUGCGUGUAUGACGUCUGCUGGAGCCCUAUCCACCCGGCCCUUUUCGCCGCUGUGGAUGGAACGGGCCGUAUCGACGUGUGGAACCUGAACAAUGACUUGGAGGUACGACUUCCCAACUUAUCUAAAUUCAUAUCAGGAACUACUUUUUUUCGAGUCAGUAGUAACAUUUUAUACGACGACUUACUUCAGGUCCCCACGGCUCGAACCCACUUACCCGUAAACCCUGGCUGCUCGGAGCCUGCGGCAGUCCACAAGGCCAGGUGGGACAGCACUGGUUUGUUCCUCGCCGUUGGGGACGACGAGGGUCACGUGCGCGUUUGCAGUGUCGCCGAGAGCUUAGCGACACCUGGUGCCGACGAUUGGACCAUCCUGGCUCAAGUUCUAGCCAACUUGAAAUCAACCAAUCAAAUGAUCUGA